AUGUGGAAUGCUGGAAUUGAGACUCGAACAGGACGCAAGUGGUCAGCAAGUAGUGCGGUACAGGAAGCAGAGAGCAGGCUAAGGCACAGCGACAUCGUUGGGACUACCUGUAUAGGCAAACAGGGGUUAGGGUCAACGCGGGUGGAAAGGUGGGGAACAGCAGACACGGCUGGUAGAAAGAAGAUGGCUCAAGAUAACAUCAGGAAGAUGGAGGAAGAGAUCAGGAAGGUUAAAGCUGUAGAAAUGGGAGCACAGGGAGCAUGGACCAAAUGGGAGACAACGGAAAGACGCCUUACAUGGGCAGAUAUCUGGAAGUUGGAACCAUGUAGAAUCCAGUUCCUCCUGCGAUCAGUGUAUGAUGUCCUACCAACACCUACCAAUCUCCACCGAUGGGGGAUGACGGAAAACCCCAACUGCCCACUGUGUGACCAACCGGGUAACCUGGCCCAUGUAUUGUCAUCGUGCAACACCGCUCUGACCCAGGGGAGAUAUACAUGGAGACACAACAAGGUACUGCGAGAGCUAGCAGACACCCUUAUGAAGGAAAGGCAGAAAAAGAGGAAAUGUACCAAACAUCAACCGUACAUCAACUUUGUAAGAUCUGGAGAGACAACCAAUAAGAAAGCAGUGCACCAAGGAGGGAUACUAGAUGGAGCAAACAGUUGGGAGAUGCAGGUUGACUUAGGACAAAGACUAGUUUUCCAAGAUGUCGCCCAAACCAACCUUCGUCCAGAUAUCCUGCUAUGGUCACAACAAGGGAAGAAAAUGAUAAUGAUUGAGCUAACUGUUCCCUGGGAGGAUCGAUGCCAAGAGGCUCAUGAGCGGAAGAAAGGGAAGUACGCCGAUCUUGCAGACGACGUGAGAGCAAAAGGAUGGAGUGUGUGGGUCUUGCCAGUAGAGAUGGGGUGCAGAGGGUUCCCUGCACAGUCCAUGUGGAGGAUGUUUUCUACACUAGGCAUCCAGGGAAGAGACCGAAGGGCAGCUGUUCAACGACUAUCAACAACAGCAGAGAAGUCGUCCAGCUGGCUUUGGUGGAGAAGAGUAGAUUUGAGCUGGAAGCCAUCCAUCGACGGGCAGUGA